CUUCCAUAAAGAACCACAGAGAAGAUCCAGAGUCUGGAACGUUCUGCUCUUUGUUUGGAGAGUCUGAAGAUCUUCUCCAGUUUGUUCUUGGUUCAGGUGGCGCUCUCUCUCUCUCUCUCUCUCUCUCUCUCUCGUUGGUGUGUACGCCCGUGUGUGUGUGUGUGUGUGUGAGUGUGAGUGUGUAUGUGUGUGUUACUCAUGAACGAAGGAAGGAGGUCAUGUGACUCGGACCUGCACGGCGAGGCGGGCUCCACCCGAAUACCCGACCAGAACCUCAACCGGAGCAGAACGCUGGAGGAGGAGGAGCACGGGGGCCACGCCCUUCUCCAAAACACCCUUCUCCAAAACACCCUCCUCCAAAACACCCUCCGAAACAACAACAGGAGGGGCGGGGAGGGGGAGGAGGGGUUCAGGAUAGAGGAGGGGGGGGAGAUGGACACCACGAGUGGAGCAUGUUCUCCUGAACCGGACGGAACCAUACCAGACUCAUCAUCACUGAGCUCCAGUCCUACAGUACCUGACGGUGCUCUGAGUCCUGACGACGCCCCCGCUGGUGUGUUUAGUCCUGCUGACCUGAGUCCCUCCAUCGCUGCGUCUCUGAGGUUACUAGAGGAGGGAGGAGACGAUGCUGCGCUGCCUCACCGCCUGCACCAGAUCGCUGAGACUCUCAUGCAGGAUGGAGACUAUGAGAGAGCGAUUCGUUUCCUUCAGUUGGAGAGGCUGUACCACGAGAGAGUUCUGUCAAACAUCGCCGCCCUGCAGGACAGCUGGGAGAGUCGGUGGAGCUCUGUGGUUUCCUCUCCUGCUCUGUCUGAUCUGGAAUCAGAACAUCUGGACCGAUUAAAGCACAUCUGCAGGACACACCGACAACCCACGAGAAGACACGAGAUGUGUGAGUCAGUGAUACACGGUGAGGAGGAGGACCUCAGUGGAGACGUGACGGGCGUGUCUGAGCUCUCAUGCAGCCCCGGGUUGGAGAUGUUGGAGCAGGAUGAAGUUUCUCCCAGUGAAAGUGCCACUGCCGCUCUCCACCACCAGAGGGAGCCGACGCAUCGUGACUCCGCCCACACUCCGUCCACUUCCACGUCACAAGCCCCGCCCACCACGACCACGCCCGACAGCAGCUCAGUUACAGAAGAGACUAAAACAGAGCUGGAACCGCCUACAGGUGUGAAGGGGGCGGGGCCUGGUACAGAUGUAAAGGAGGUGGAGCCUGAUACAGAUGUGAAAGGGGCGGGGCCUGAUUCAGGUGUAAAAGAGGUGGAGCUAAGCACUAUUAAAGUGCUGAAGGAAGUGAGAGAGGAAACGGCGACCCAGCUACAGGAAGAGGAAGUGGAACAGGAAGGGGAACUGGAAGAGGAGGAACUAGAGGAAGCGUUGGAGGCUCUGGAACUGGAGGAGGAGCUUCAGAGGUCAGAGGUCACCACACUGGAUGAGCUGGCCAAACGCAUCCAGGUGGAGGAGAUCUCUCCAGCCUCGGGUCUGGUCUCCAUCCUGAAGAGGAAGGAAGCUGCUGAGGGAUCCCACAAUCCUCCUCCUGAUAGAGCCGCCGGUAAACGCCGAGUCCGCUUCCACGUGCCUGAGGAGGGUCUGGAUCAGGAUGAGGUGGGCGGAGACUCCUGGCUCCUCCUCCUGCUCCUGUGUCUGGUUACCGUGGUGAUCAGCGUGGGCGGGACCGCCCUGUACUGCGCCUUCGGCGACGCCCACUCCAGCGUGUGUACGGAUUUCUCACACAACGUGGAUUUUUAUUUAGGGAAGGUCCAGCGGGGCGUGGACGAGAUCGCUCACCUGUUCUCCGGAGGGUCGUAACUCUCUCUCUGUGUGUAUCCGGACUGUCUCUCGCCCUCUCGCGCUACCUCUGAGAGAGAUUACCCUGCAGUUUGGAGUGAUGGAAUGAGUGUGAGGGCGUGGUGAUGGGCGUGUACCGUGAUGAUGCUAGCUACAGUAGCUCCGUCGCUACACUGUGCUGUACUGGUGUAACCAAAAUCAUAAACAACCGUUCAGGGACGGCUCGGUGGGUAGCACUGUCACCUCAUAGCAGCAAGGUCCUGCGUUCCGAUCUCCAGGUGAAGCGGUCUGGGUCCUUUCUGUGUGAAGUUUGGCAUAUUCUCCCUGUGUCUGCAUGGGUUUCUUCCGGGAGUUCCGGUUUCCUCCCACAGUACAAAGUACAGUGUGUGUGUGUGUGUGUGUGUGUGGCGACCUGUUUGCUCAUCAUGGGGGAUUGGACCCACUGCGACCCUGACCUUUUAAUCUCAGCUCAGCUGUGCUAUCGGCCGACCAGGCGUCUACACAGACUCAUGAUUGAUUGGCUGUGUGUCUGUAAUGAGAGGGACAAACAGGGAUCCUCGUCGCUGGUGUAAGUGCGCCCUCUGCUGACCGGUGGACAGUGUUACUGUUUAUGUUACACCAGUACAGACGAUGGUGAUGAUGGUGGUGAUGACGAUGAUGAUGGUGAUGACAGUGCAGGUGAUGAUGAUGAUGACGGGUGUUUAUCAGGUGCAGCUUGUUCCUUUAAAUCUGCUGCAAAAUUUAUAAUCAUUUGUAAGAAAACGUUUCUAUAACGCUCAGCUGUGGGUUCAGCCGGAUCCUCGUAUCACAUCAGGAUUAAUCGUAUCGUUCCUCCCGCUACAGUCUUCAUUUAGUCCUCCUGUUAGAUCUGUAGGGGCCGUUAUAUGCUGGAGCCCAGGGGCCCAGGAGGCUCUGGACACUGGUACAUGAUUGGGCCCCACACAUCACCCAUGCUCCGCCCACACAUCACCCAUGCUCCGCCCACACAUCACCCAUGCUCCGCCCACACAUCACCCAUGCUCCGCCCACACAUCACCUACGCUCCGCCCACACAUCGUACGUGGGAGUUUACAAGCCCACAUUAAUCCCAUGAUAAUUCUAUAGUAUGAUGUAUAAUUUUAUUGAUAUAUGUAGUAAGUUAUAUAUAUAUAUAUAAUAUGGGGACAGAAGAGCAAUAGGUGAAGAGUGAUUGUAAUGUAAAGAUAAUAAUACAGAACGGGGUUCCGGUACCAGGAUGAUUUUAUUAUUUUGAUUUUUUCAUGGUUUGUGUUUUUAGGUACAAAUCAGUGAAGCACAGAACUCACACAGUCUUAAUCCUGCUGGAUCUUUAUUCAGUAUUAGGAGAGUAAAUAAUAAUAAUAAUAAUAAUAAUAACAAAGAUGUUUUUAUUUUGUGCUGCUCUGGCCGGUUCAGGCGGCAACGGUUCGGUAUUUAUUUAAAUUUUCAAAUCUGAGUUUUUAACAGGUUAUUAAUCAGGUCUAUUGAUCAGUGACAUCGUUACUCUGUAAAUGAUUUCAUUUGUUUGUAUUAAAUGUAUUAAAUUAAGUGGAUGUUAAUUAUUAACCCCCUCAGAGCCCAUUCUAAUUUCUAUUAGAGUAGGAAAAUUCUAUAAUUCUGUAUAAUUAUUUAUUCUGGGGCUCUCAGGGGCCAGUGCUCACUGAAGAUCAGGGUCCCAAAUUGGAGUGUCUGGCUGGGAGCACAACAGAAGGGUGUGUCUGAGGGAGGGAGGGUGGUACUUGUAUUGCAUCUCUGUGCUGUAAAAAUCCACUGCUGGCUGGUGAAAAGAAGCAACAAGCGGCUGCUAGUCAGUGGCUCACCUCGGCCAGCAUGGGGGAUGAUAACAGGGAACUGGAAAUGACCAAAUUGAGAUACGGGAAGGGGAGCUGCUCUUCUUGUAUAAAAUCAAUAAUCAUGUGAUUACAUCUGACUCGUUAAGUAACGCUGAACUCUGAUUGGUUGCUCAUUAAUGUAACAGCCAAUCAGACUCUUACCCUCGUUAUGUGUGUGUGUAUGUGGGGGGGCAUUAAAGGCUCUGAAGGGGUUAAUUCAUGUUAGUUAGGGUGUAAAUAUCAUGUGAUCAUGUGACUGUAUAAUUCAGUGAAAUGUGAUUGGUUCUGUUUGAUCUGUUUGAUUUUAAACGUUUUGAAUGAUUUUGUGCAUCAGAUUAUUUCGUUCUUUAUGUGGAACACUCGAACCUUUAUCAAGGGUGCAACCGCCUGCUGUUUGGGGGGGGGAAGAUUUUACUAAUAAAACUGCCACAUCAUGAACUUCUGAUGAUCACCACCCGUCUGGUUCCUCACUCUCAGACUGGUGAGCUUCUCAUCAUGUAGAACGAUGUUUGGGGUUCCGGUUCUAAUAUUCUUUAUUCUAAUAAAGUCACUGCCAGGGCUGAA